CGUCCCUCCAGAAUGCGCGCCCUGCUCGGAGGGGAGGCGUUCUCCCCUUCGCGGUCACUGCUGCUUCAGGGGAAGGGGAACUUGGAACUGACGAAUCUGGAUUCCGCAGCCUGAAUCCACAGCUGCUUUCCGUUCUCCGUACCUCCUCUCUGCUUCGCUAAAUUGACCUUGUAGGUGGUGUUGGAUCCCUGCAGCUCUUGCCUUUUCCACGUGCUCAAGCCGCAAGCUUCUUGUAGGGAGGACUGUCCCUUUGGUGGCGUGUUUGGCAACACCCAGGUCCUCCUGUACUAAAGCCUCGCGUAGUACAGAUGCCUAAGUUGUUCCAAGCCAAGGAAGCCUGACAAAUAGGAAAAUACUACAAAGUGAAGAGAAAAUUCACUUCACGAGAACUGAGCUCUGCUUUCUUUGGCUUUUAAAUUUUAUUUGUAUUAAUAAGUGAUUAGUGUCAGACCAUCUCUGUAGUCUACUGUGGUGAAAUUAUUAGGUUAAAGCUGGAAAAAAUGAAACAAUUAAAAAGAAAAAGAAAAAGCAAUUUUAGCGUUCAGGAAACUCAAACUCUCCUUAAGGAAAUCAGAAAAAGGAGAGAAGUACUCUUUUCAAAGCAACUUAAUACAACAAUUAAUGAGAUGAAACGGAAAGCUUGGGAGGAAAUAGCAGAGUGUGUAAAUGCUGUAGGUGAAGGAGAGCAAAGAACAGGGACAGAAGUGAAAAGGCGAUACCUUGACUGGAGAGCACUCAUGAAGAGAAAACGUCUGAAUGCAAACAUCAAAGUAGUAGGUGCUGGGUUUCACCUUCCUUCAUCCAAUUUAGAUGACUCUCUCAAUGAAGACAUGGAUGAGAAAAUGGGAUUUGCAAUUGAAUCUAGUUUUGAAUGGCAAAAUAUCACUGACUUCAGAGAAGCCGGUGGAUCUUUAACAGAAAUCAAAGUAGAAGAGGAAGAAGAGGAUCCGCAGAAUUUUGAAUUUCCUAUUGAGGAAGAAGAAGAAAUUCUAUCAUCAGUUUUGCCAGAUUCAAAAAAGGAAAAUGACCUACCAGAUUUCCCCCACAUUGAAGAGUUUGGAAAUCUAAGCUCUGCUCAAGCUAGACUAGCCUAUGAAGAUUCCCACUUGCUUAUAAAUCUGGAGAAGCAGAAGGUGGAGCUGGAGAAGCAGCGACUAGACAUUGAAGCUGAAAGGUUGCAAGUGGAGAAGGAGCGCCUGCAAAUUGAAAAGGAACGGUUGCGGCAUGUUGACUUGGAGCGAGAGAGACUUCAGAUUGAGAAGGAGCGACUUCAGAUUGAGUGGGAGAAACUCAGGCUAGAGACUCUGCAUGCUGAAAAACCUGCCCUGGAAAAUGACCUCACACAAACAGAAAAACCCAUCAUGCAGCCUCUGGAUCUAGAAACUGAAAAGCUAAAACUUGAAAAAGAACGUUUGCAGUUAGAGAAGGAGAGGCUGCAAUUCCUAAAGUUUGAGUCAGAGAAGCUUCAGAUUGAGAAGGAACGCUUGCAAGUGGAGAAAGAGCGCCUUCGAAUUCAGAGAGAGGGUCACUUGCAGUGAACUUCUUGACUGAAGUGUCAACAUUAGUGUUUCGAUGUUUGUAAAAUAGAGGUAGUUCUUUUCUUAAUACUGAAACUGUCCUAGAGGCUUAACGUUCUUCUGUUCAGAGUUGAAUGUUGAUGUUAAACUGCAAAAGAAAAAAAAAAAAGAAUGGUGCUCAAUAUGUCAGUGUGCCUACCGAAAUGAGCUUAUGUGUGAAAUUGCUUUUCAGUGUAUCAGAACUAAGUGUUAUGUUCUCUUGUCUUCAGUAUUGUGUUGUAUUAGUUUGGUGUCCUUCUCUCAUAGACACAUUGAGAAGAAUCAAGGCUGAACCUUGUACUUUUUUCACUGUACUAACAGUAAGGAAGGAUCAGAAUAAAUCAACAUAUGUUGUGAGGGCAUGGUGCUGACGAUAGCCCACACAGUAAAUAAGCAUAAGUUAGAACACAAUAACACAGAGUCAUGAUGCGAUUGAUUCAUUAAACUUAAUUUCCCCUUUUUGUUUUUUUUUCCACCCCCACAAUUAGAAAAAGAGUUCAAGAAUUAUCUAAAAGUUAAAGUACAAGUUGUGUUUACUGUUCUAUGGCUUGAACUGAAUGGAGUGUAGAAAAGAGUAUUCUUCCUUUUGCAUGAAGUACUCAUCCUGGAUAAAGUUACACUUUGAGCCAUACCUACUAUAAGCUGGACUGUUGGUUGCACCAGGUCAUUAAUAAUGCUAUAUGUAGCAUAGGGGACUUCCUGAUUGAUCAGGCAUGCUGCCUGCUAAGUCUGUGAUGACCCCCUGAAGGAAAUUGCUAGACCUGGUCUGUUCCUUGAAAGACAGUAGCUGGUGCUGGGAGUCUCAAGGGUGGAGACACAAGGGCUGAGCACAGAAUGAGGAGCACUGAGCUUGAACACUAACACUCCUGAUGGUAGUUAUAAUGGGCCAGCACUGAGGCCAUGUCUGUGAGGCGGCCAGAAGAGGCUUUGAUGGCAUAUAGUAUGUUUUCAUUAGUCAAAGAGAAAUAGUCAGUGCUGAAGGCUGUCAGUAUUUUUCAUAAGCAAUGUAUUCAUUUCAAAUAAUAAAAACGGCAAGGAAGCUUUCUCUUAUUUCAUAUAUGUUUAAAUUACAACUGAGCCAGACUUCAUAUUUCUCAUCUUUCUGCAAGUAACUUAUCUUUUGUUAACUCCAUUUGAAAUUUAGGACUAUGAUAAUACUAAAUCUGAAUAUAUGUUGAGUGACUUUCAUGGGUUCUUGUGCAAGUAAAUAUAUUUAUACCACUACAGGAUUACUUUUAUUCUGCAAAGAAAAUGUUAUUUUUUUAUUACUGAAACAAGUGUGCUUCUACAGUGGAAAUAAAUUUGACUACUACAAUCCAGAA